AUGGCGAAGCUAACGGAGGCGAGGGCGAGGCCGGCCGCCGCGACCGCGACCUCCGCGCGCGCGCGGCCGCCGCGGGCUUCGGUGCCGGCGUUUGGCGGGUGGGAGGGCGGCGCGGCGGCGCCGGACUACUCGCUGGACUUCACCAACAUCCGCGCCGCGCGGAUGCAACAGCGCAGGAAGGCGCUCUCCUGGUCCAGCUUCGUCGGCAACGCCGCCGUCGCCGUCGAGACGUCACCCGGCGGCGACGAGGAGAAGCGGCAGUGGUCCUCGGCGUCGGCCAGCGACGGGGACGACGACGACCGUGAACGACGUCAACGCCACCGGCUCCGCCGCCUGCGUAGCGCCGACGACGAUGGCGUGGACGACCGCCUGCCGAUCCAGCCUCGCCGCGCCGCUCCCAAGGAAAAUUCACGCAGAUUUGCAGUGGCAGAUGAGUACAAAGUUGGAGAGUUCAAUUUUGCCAAUCAAAUUCGACACUCCCGAUGA